AUGAUGUAAAUAUUGAAUUAAUUUAAAAUUAGAUAGCAAAGAGAAUUAAGUAAUAAUAUUGGUUUUCUAAUUAGAAAUAGUGUUUAAUAAUUAAAUAAAAUGUUUGAAAGUUAUAAAAAAUAUAAAUCAAAUAAGUGUAAAAAAAUGUAAUUUGUUGAUAUAUAUAUUUUAAAUAUAAAUAAUAUGAUCCUCAUAGCAGCUUCAAUGCAUAUGAGAGAGCAUCGUUCUAUUUCUCUUAGAAUUCCUUCAAUUCAUGUAAGAGAUGAAGAUCCAAAAGAUGUUGUUAAGAGUAGCAUUUGUGGUAUAAUGAUGGGAGUAGUUUUUAUGAUUAUAUUUUCAAUAAUUGGGAUGGUAGGAAUAUUUAUAAAUAUUGAUGAAGAAGCAGAAUUUGUUUGGAUGUUAGGUAUUUUGACUUUCACUUAUGUUCUAUUUAUUCCUUACUUAAUUUUAAUUUUAUAUGAUCUAAGAAGAAUAUCGAAAGAAUUAGAACAGCAUUAAGAUGAAUCAUUAGUAAUGAAUCCAUAUGCUUUUGCUUCUAGUAUGAAUACAAUUAUUGCAAUAACAAGCACAGAAAAAUAUAAUCCUUUUAGAUUAUUGAAUGUUUAAUUUUUCAUAAUCUCUUUGAUUAUUAGUGCUUUCUUAAUAAAUUCAAACAUUGUAAUAGGAUAAUUAUUAGCAAUUAUUACUUAUAUAGUGGCAGCAACUAUACUUAUUUAUGUUUGCAGAAGGUGUUGGUUAGGAUGUUGUAAUAUUAAAAUUGUUAACAAAAAACCAAAAAGAUAUAAUUUCCACCGUUAUCCAUGUAAUAUCUUAUUUAUUUUUUAAGCUCCAAAUCAUGUUAAGAAAUCAGCAUUCGCAUUUAGUGUUUUAUUAAUUACUUAUUUUAUAUGCAAAUUAUUCCUCUAUGUGAUCUUUUUAUGUUUAGAAGAAGAACUUUUUCAAUACACAUAUUUAGCUAAUAUAUUUUAUGCUCUUAUUAUGAUUAUCUAGUUGACAUAUGUCUCUUUUUUGAUUAAAAGAAUAAUUAUUACUUAGUAAUACAAAAAAUAUUUUUAAUGUUACAUGACUCUAUUUUAGUCCCUUUACUUAUCCUAUACAACCUAAAAUUGUGUUCUUAAAGGACUUUACUUCUUUUCUCUAUUUAGCACAUAUAUUGCAUUUUUUCUUGAAAAACCCUAUUUAACUAUUACAUAUACUGAUCUAUUUGGAAUUAAAUAGUUUUUUUCGUAUGAACAUUUUAUUUAUUUGUUCACUCUUCUAUAACUUAUUUAUUUCUUCUUAUUUCGAAGCUACUGUGUAAAUAAGGAAGAAGAAUAAAUAUAAAUUUUUGAUUUCAAUUAAGUUUAAACUUAAGAUAAUCGUUUACAAUGGAUACAAAAUCAAUAGGAUUAUCCAAUAUAUGAUAAUAAAUUAUCAGAUUAUGUCUACUUAAUUAGUGAUUUAGAAGCAUUACAAGAAAUCUAUGAUAAUCUAAUUUUUUAAUCUAAUUAAUUAGAUUUAAAAAUUAGACCGAAAAAUGGUUAGCUAAUUAAUUUAGCCUAAUGGAUUGAAAAUAAAAAGUUUUAAUUUUAACUUUAGGGUAGAAAUUUAGAUGAUGAAUAUUUUUAGAAUUUAAAAUCUUUUAUUAAAGAGAAUUUUGGAACCAAAUAAAAAGACACUAAAGAAAAAUAAAAAUAAUUUAUAGAAAGAUAAGAAUGCGCAAUAUGUUUAUAAAAUUUAGAUAUUAAAUAAAAUUUAACUCAAUUAGGAUGUCAUGAAACUCAUAAAUUUCACACACUAUGCAUAGAAACAUGGAUUAAUGCUGUUCAAAAAUGUCCAUUAUGUAAUCAGCCUGCUUGA